GUCAGAUUGAAUAAGUAUGUUGGGAUGGGAAGGAAGGUCAAUCACAAGUUUUUUGAGUUGAGUGAUUCAUUAUCGAAGGGUUCAAUUAUUUUGUUUCCUGUUACAUGAAAUUUUAAUAAAAUAAGAUACAGUGCCAUUUAAGACAAUCAAGUGUUAUACCAGUAUGAUAAUAACAAUGUUGUUUUACACCAGUAAGGGCUACGAGUGAAUUGUUCAAUGGAACGAAUAUUGUAAAUUUGUGUUUGUGUAUGGAAAGUGCCUUUCUGUACAAUGCCUUUCGACUUUUUGUGUUGUGUGAGGCCGGGGGUGGAGGAUGUGUGCGAGUUAGACUAUUCCCACCAGUCCUUGACGGACGUUCCUACGGAAGUGUUCGUCUAUGAAAGGACGCUCGAGACUCUGCUGUGUAAUAGUAAUCGAAUCAGUGAGUUGCCGCGCCAACUGUUUAUGUGCCAUGGCCUGAAGAACCUGGAUCUAAGUGACAACGAGCUCCAAGCCAUCCCUACGGCCAUCUCGUCCCUGGUCAACCUUCACAACUUCAACAUCAGCAGGAACACGCUCGCUUCGUUACCUGACACCAUGAAAGCCCUGAAGUAUUUAACAUUCUUAGAUUUAUGUGUUAACCCUUUGGAAAAACUUCCCGAUGCCAUCACAAAUCUAAUUGCAUUGCAAGAAUUAUAUCUAAAUGAUACCUACCUUGAGUAUCUACCGGGUAAUUUUGGACGACUUGCUAAUUUACGUAUACUUGAGUUAAGAGAUAAUUAUUUAAUGAUUUUACCUAAAUCUCUUUCUCGCUCAACUGAACUUCUCAGACUUGAUUUAGGUCAGAAUGAAUUCCAACAAUUCCCUGAAGUGAUUGGAAGAUUUACAAAGCUGAGAGAACUGUGGAUCGACAACAACAGUCUGACAAGUAUACCAAGUGUGAUAAAACCUUUGGAGAACUUGAUACAUUUGGAAGCUAGCAAUAAUAUGAUCGAAGAGCUUCCUGUUGAAAUUGGUUACUGUUCAAAAUUAAUAGACAUCAGUUUAUCAGCAAAUACUCUCACUCAGCUCCCAGACAGCAUCGGACAACUUGGCAACCUGACAACACUGAAGUUGGACAAUAAUAGGCUGUAUUCUAUCCCGGAGAGUAUAGGCCAGCUCUCAAAUCUAGAGGAGUUAAUGCUUAUGUGCAAUUACAUAGACAAAAUUCCCUCUUCUAUUGGUCUGCUCAGAAAAUUACAAUAUCUCAACAUUGAUGAUAACAUGAUUAGAGCAAUACCUCCUGAGAUAGGAAGUUGUUCAAAGUUAUCAGUAUUAUCACUGCGAGCAAAUAAAUUGACUAAGGUUCCACCAGAAAUUGGUCACCUUUCUUCCUUAAAAGUACUAAACUUAGUGAGUAAUUCACUGAACAGCCUUCCUCAGUCCCUACUGAAUUGUGAUAAUCUUGUUGCCCUUUGGCUGUCUGAGAAUCAAAGCAAACCUCUUGUGCCUAUGCAUUCUGAAGUGGAUCCACAUACCUAUGAGCAAGUCCUCACUUGUUUCCUCUUUCCCCAAGUGCCUUUGACCCCCAUUGAAAACAAAUUGGACAAUGACAAAUCUGAAAAUGCAGAAGUUCAGCCUUCUGCACGCCAUAUUAGUUUUGUAGACAUGAAAGUAGCACCUAAAAUACCUGAAAAGCCAGGUCAGUUAAGAAGAGCGCCAACACCGUAUCCAAAAGAGUUAAGGGCUCUGGCCAAACACGCCAGAAAUAUUCACAAAGAUGGUACACAAGAUGUGUCGCCUCCUAUGCAAAAUGCUGUAUUAAUCAAAGCUGCUAAAAUAACACCUACACUACAGCAGAGAUUUGCAUCUGAUAACAAGAAAGAAAUUGAAGAUGAAAAAGAUAAUACAGAUGGCAAUACUGAUGCUAUGAAGGUUUCUAUGUAUGAUAAUGUUACACCGGAUAAUGCAUAUGACAGACCUCUAGAUCUAGAGAAGACCUAUAAAAGUGUAGAUCAUGCAUUGUACCCUGAUAACAAUGAUGAUGAGAAUAACGAUUUUAAACCUGGUAAUCACUAUAACAUGUCACAGAAAUCACAUUUUGGGAAUGAACAUAAUACUGAAGUUUAUUCUUCGAGACAGGACCUUGAUAGGAAUAUUGUGCCGGUACCUCAAAAUGUAUAUGCCCAUAUGGAACCUAAGAAUUAUCAUAAUAGCAAUGAAAAUAAUUACCAAAGCAAUUUUAAUAGGGUACACAGUCAACUACAAAGAUUAAGUUUAACCUCUCAAGAUAGACGGUCAAAUAACGAAGCCAUAAUAUCAACACAUUUUGAAGACAACACAUAUAAUCACAGACCUGUAAUGGAUAAUACAAAAAAUUUUGAGCCCAUUUACCAUAGAAGAGAACAUCCCAUAACGAAAGGAAAUCACCAUGAAAGAAUUUAUGAAACUGAGAGCUAUGGUUAUGCUAAUGACAAGAACUACAGCCAAAGCAAUUACGACUGUUACAGCUAUCACCCUCAUGGCAAUGCGCCAAACCCGCGUGUACACACUAUUAGCCAGGUCGUCAGCUCGACAACUAUGCCCAAUUUGAGUAACUACAGCAGCGCCUAUCCAGGCCCCACUGUGGAAAGUCAUCAUUAUUCCACAUCAUCUCCAAAUGCCAAUAUAUAUGGAAUGUCAGCCUCAAGUCCUACCUACAUCCCUACGCAGUCACCAGAAUUGUAUUCACCAACGGGGCAUACAAAUACUACUAAUCCAUACAGGAUGACCAAUACGCCACUUAUUUCGGAUGACGGUAGUUACAAUCAUGUACACGCUCCUUCUACGCCUAACAUGUAUGAUUUGUAUGACGCUAUACCAAGUCCUUCAAUGGGAGCUCCGUCGAACCCACCAAGUGUGAUAAGCCAUCGCCACAGCCCAAGCAGUGCAAUGUCUGAGCCGGUAUACGGUAGAGGUCAGCCUCCGCCUUACCAUAUAGUAGCUCCUUACACGAAACACGCUCAAUAUUUCAAUGGAACGGGUGGAUAGUGUUUAAUGAAAGGAAAACAGAAGAUCUUACACAAACCCUGCCCAUAUCAUCAAUAAGAAGUAAGCGGCAAGUGUUAGUGGUCUGAUGUCUGUUUUCUAGACGUGCAAUUUUUUAAAUGUGAUACCUUCAUAUGUUGAAGUUGAAAAGGAAAUACUGAGGUGCUACAAGAUGGAUUUUAUUGUUGGAAUGUGUUCAAGGGGAUAUUUUUAUGACUGGUUCUUUAGUACGAUGUGAGUGCUUCAUACGUUUAUAGUGAGUAGUGCUCGAAACAAAAACCAACCGUUACGCACUUCGGUAGUGAAAAGCUGUGGUGUACAACGGCUGGGCUUACUUCCGACCGAGCACUGAUCAAAUUGAUCAUGAUUGUAACAAAAAGCCAGAAAAAUGUGGCAGCUGGCGUAGCUAUUGUCAAUCGAUGCCAAAGUAGUGACUACAGCUACAGUAGAGUAAUUACUUAAUUAAAUUGAGUAGGAUUUAUGGCAUAUAUGUAUAUGGCAAACUGUAAAAACGAGCACUUUAGGUGACAGCGUAGGUACUGGUUUAGUACAUUGUGUAACAACUAUGUUGUUUCAUUAUACUGUUAUGAAUAUGAUAUGAUUGUUAAAAGUAAUAAUUAAAUUGAUAAAUAAAGCCUGCACAGAAAGUCGUGAAGCUCAGCUAUAUGUCGGCGUAAUCGUAACCAUUUCUUCUCACUGACAGCAGAGACGAGUUAAUAAUACCUAAUACUUAAAAACUGCAAAUCUUUAUACAAAGCUA